UCUGUACGUUGCGCUGUCAGAAGUUCCUCAUCUCUCGUGUUGGUGAAGACUGGAUCUUCCUCAUCCUCCUCGGUCUACUCAUGGCUCUGGUCAGCUGGGUAGUCGACUUCGCAAUCGCCAUCUGUCUACAAGCACAGAAGUGGAUGUACGGAGGCUUGGAGAGUAAUGUGUUUCUCCAAUACCUGGCCUGGGUCACCUACCCUGUGGUGCUCAUCACCUUCUCAGCUGGCUUCACACAGAUACUGGCCCCACAGGCCGUAGGUUCAGGUAUCCCAGAGAUGAAGACCAUUCUGAGGGGUGUAGUGCUGAAAGAAUACCUCACCUUUAAAACCUUUGUGGCCAAAGUGAUCGGCCUCACCUGUGCCCUGGGCAGUGGCAUGCCUCUGGGAAAGGAGGGUCCGUUUGUUCACAUUGCCAGUCUGUGUGCUGCACUCCUCAGCAAGUUCAUGUCUCUGUUUGGUGGAAUCUACGAGAAUGAGUCGAGGAACAUUGAGAUGUUGGCAGCUGCUUGUGCUGUGGGGGUCGGCUGCUGUUUCGCUGCCCCUAUUGGAGGUGUGCUGUUCAGUAUUGAGGUAACAUCUACGUUCUUUGCGGUGAGGAAUUACUGGAGAGGGUUCUUCGCUGCUACCUUCAGUGCCUUCAUCUUCAGAGUCCUGGCUGUGUGGAAUAAAGACGAGGAGACCAUCACAGCUCUGUUUAAAACCCGUUUUCGUCUGGACUUCCCAUUUGACCUCCAGGAGCUCCCAGCCUUCGCUGUCAUUGGUAUUGCCAGUGGUUUUGGCGGGGCGUUGUUUGUCUACCUGAACAGACUGAUAGUCCAGUUCAUCAGGAAACAGAAGACCAUCAACAAGUUCCUCAUGAAGAAGCGUCUGCUGUACCCAGCCCUGGUCACUCUGCUGGUGUCUACACUAACCUUUCCCCCCGGCUUCGGACAGUUCAUGGCAGGCAAGCUGACCCAGAAGGAGUCCCUGGUGACGUUGCUAGACAACCGGACAUGGGCCAAGCAGGGCAUAGCUGAGGGGUUUGACUACAUCGGCAACUCCCAGGCCUGGAAUCACCCCCAGGUCAAUGUCUUUGUCACCCUCGUCCUCUUCAUCGUAAUGAAGUUCUGGAUGUCUGCUCUGGCCACCACCAUUCCUGUGCCAUGUGGAGCCUUCAUGCCCGUCUUCGUCAUUGAUGGCAUCCACUCUGAUGGCACCAUCUACCCCAUAGUGCCAGGAGGGUACGCCGUUGUGGGUGCGGCAGCCCUGUCUGGAGCGGUGACCCACACGGUGUCGACAGCGGUCAUUGUGUUUGAGCUGACGGGUCAGAUCAGCCACAUCCUGCCGGUGAUGAUAGCGGUAAUACUGGCCAACGCCGUGGCCCAGUCCCUCCAGCCCUCGCUAUAUGACUCCAUCAUCAGGAUCAAGAAACUACCCUACCUCCCUGAGCUGGGUUGGGGACACCACGAGAAGUAUAAUAUUCGUGUGGAAGACAUCAUGAUCAGGGAUGUGACCUACAUCACCCUCAACUGCUGCUACAGAGACCUGCAUGAUGUACUGCUGGCUGGACACCUAAAGACCCUGGCCCUGCUCGAGUCCAGUGAGUCGAUGAUCCUGCUGGGUUCUAUUGAGCGUGCCCAGCUCCAGGCCCUCCUGUCCCUACAGCUGGGCCGGCCACGGAGGCUGGAGUACCUGAGAGACCGAGCUACUGCUGAGAAGAAGCGCCUGUCGAUGGUCUCCCAUCCGGGCAGCGAGGACGGCUCCCAGAGGGUUAACCAGGAGGUCCGGUUCCAGAUCUCGACAGAGGAGUCUACCUUCAGUCCCACCCCUACCCCCUCUAUGAAGCCACUGAAGCCGGCCCUGAAGAGACCCUCUGUGGUGGACCGCCCCACUGGGAUACCCAUACCCACAAGUCCACAGGACCACUCUAGCAGCACCUUAAAGAAUCUCUUCUGUGUCAACCCUGAGACAGAAGGCCUGGAGGAUGACUUCGAUGUGGAUGAUGACAUGACCAUCAGAGAGAUUGCAGAGUGGGAGGAGAACCAGCUUGACGAGCAGGUGAACUUUGACAACUGCAAGAUCGACCCUGCCCCCUUCCAACUGGUGGAGCGCACCUCACUACAUAAGACCCACACCAUCUUCUCUCUGCUUGGGUUGGACCAUGCCUAUGUCACCAGCAUCGGACGACUCAUUGGAGUGGUGUCCCUCAAAGAGCUGCGGAAGGCCAUCGAGGGUUCUGUGGCGGUGAAGGGUGUGAAGGUGCGCCCCCCUCUGUCCAGUUUCCGGGACAGCGGCACCAGCGGCACCAGCAGCAGCAAUAGUGAGAACGAAGCCACAGAGCUCCACAAGCUGUGGGACCGCCACAAGUCCAUGUCCCUCCCUCGGGAGCACCUGGCCUCCGACUCUGAUGAGAAGUCCCAGUGA